UGCAUCUCGAUUUUGCCAUUCUUCAACAAUGGACUUCAAUCCACAAACGCGCUAGCAGAAACAAUCCCUCUCCUAGAUCGCAAUCUUACACUGCUGCCUAACCAUUUUCUUGCAUCUCGAUUUCGCCAUUCUUCAACAAUGGACUUCAUUCCACAAACGCGAGAUCAUCUUCUAGAAAUACGCGUCGCUCUAGCGGAACCAGUCAUCCCAUAUGACUUCAGCAACUUUGCGACAUUCCCCGCCCGUCAUGGCUUUGCCAAGGUGUCUGCUGCUGGGAUAGACUCAAGUGAAAGAGCUAGAUACCUCCAAUCUUGGUUCUUCUUCGGCCUGCUUGCAGAGUACCUAGAAGAGGACUUUCGAAUCGACGACUUCGUCAUUCGUCCUGCAAUGAGCUCGGACUGCCAGCUCCUCACCCUCAAAAACCUCCAGGCCCGAUUGCUUGAUGACGAGGGCCAGCCCUUGCGUUUGUCGAGAUGGAAGUCACAUGUUGAGCCUGCUUGUGCGCUAGCUUGGACAAAGAUCGGCGAAAUGGAAUCGCUUGGCCUUCUCUCGGCUUCCCCCUCUGGCGAGACCGCUCUCGCAGUCCUUGUCCUCGUUAGAACACUUCGUAUCAUCACGACAGGGCCGUCUCGGAGUGAGGACAGGUGUGCUCCGUGGGACUCUGGAUUUCUCAGGGCUCGCAUGCAUACUGCAGGAUGGUGCCCACAACAAACCGCCGCCUUGUUCGACUUGUGUGAUCCCGUCGUCUUGUGCUACCUGGCGCUGCUGCAUCCGAUUCAAGGCCACAGCGUUUCGCACGAGACCUGCUCAGAGACAGCGUGUGUCGCAAACAAUGUUAGGCUCGACACAAGUUACCGGCACCGACAUGUUUCCGACAGCUGUACCUGCGACUUCAUCAGCGUCGACGCUGAGGCAGUCAAGGACAUUAUUCGCGGAGACGGGAUUCCCCUGGUUUCAAUUCGGCGGGAGGAGCACGGGAGAGUCAGUCUGAGAAUAAGCAAGGCUAGCUCGCGCAGUGACUACGUCGCCAUCUCGCACGUGUGGUCUGACGGGCUUGGAAACCCUACUGCGAAUGCUUUGCCACAAUGCCAGCUCGAGAGGCUGUCAACGUGUCUGACGCAGAUGCCGCGCGAAUCAGAUGUAUCGACCUCCAAUGAUUAUUUGCUCAGAGGGAUACGGUUCGAAGCGUCGCUUAACACCAAGGACAGCCCGUGGAAACGUGUUCGGUCUGCGGUGUUUCCAGACCAUGAUCAGAAAGAGAACCUAUUUUGGAUGGACACCCUCUGCAUACCCGUUGCGACUCGGACCGACCCACCCGUGGUCAUCCUAGAUGUCAACCGGCUCAAAUCAAUGGCUAUCAAUCAAAUGGCUCUAAUCUACGCCGGGGCCUCCCAAGUCUUGGUCCUCGACUCGGGACUCCAGUCAAUGCCUGUGGAUCCCUCAGAUACAGCCUCCGACGUCGAAAUACUAGCCCGUCUCGUCUGCUCGACCUGGAUGCGCCGCUGCUGGACGCUGCAAGAGAGCGCGCUCGCUCGCAAGAUCCGCUUCCAGUCUGCCAGUGGCGUGGUUACACCGCUGGCACCAACAAAGGCGGCAAUAGAAUCGGACUCCUUGGAGAUCGCCAACCGCCUGGUUCCUUGGAUAUUGCCCUGGGGAAUCAAGAUGUAUCUCCGACACAGAGCCACGGCAAGUAGGGAAAGAGAGGCUGAACAGGCGGGCCGUACCAACCCCGUCGUCACCCAUUUACGGUACCGGCUCCAGGACGCGGCGGACCGAGUCAUAAAUCUCCUCCCCCGCGGUCUCCGAUCCCACAAUACUCUUGGCCAGGCGAGUCCGGAGAGCCAGCUCCGGCAAUUUUGCACCGUGUGGAAUAGUUUGGCGGAUCGGAACACCACCAUGGCCGAAGACGUACCAGCAAUCUUUGCUAAUUUGCUUGACAUCAACGCUUACCAGAUCCUGGCAUUGCCUCCUUCGUCAAGGAUGAAGGCGAUACUGGCCAGCUUGGACGUGUUGCCUCUGGACUUACUGUUCAAUGAUGGCCCACGCUCAAGAGCCGACAAAGGUGGCCUGGAUCGAUGGAUUCCGAGCGAGCCGAGUCGGGCCAAGAUACGGCUUCCGGUCUCGGAUGAGGGCGGUCUUGGCCAGGCUGUUGACAGCGGAACCCUGGCAUGGACGCAUACCGGGGAUUUGAAGUGUUGGGGGCAAGACGGGUGUGCCGCCGUUAUUUUCAACGGGGUCGACACUUUGCGGAACGAUACUGGCUUUAUCGUCCGCCUAGAUGAGACGGUGUCACGGCGGCUACCCAAAGAGAUUUUGGUCAACGUCACGAGGCCCGAGGCCGACGAGUGGCGGCCAGGAGCAUGCAAAAAGGUCAUGCUGUUACUUGACGUGGAGGACACGGCCAUUCCCUUGGGGGAGAAGAGAAAAGGUUGUUCAUUAUUGAUAACAAGCUUCGGUGAAAGCGAAGGACGAAGCGAAGGAAAUGGAAUCCAGCCACGUGGCGAUCAGGCCGUCAAUGAUGUCGCAGCCAUGGUCGGACGGUAUGAUUGUCCUUUGACAUGGCGCACAGCGAGUCCGGAUGACUUGCAGAGGCUCCCAGUUGUCGACGGGCUGGCCAUUAAAGAUGAGUGGCACCUGACAAUUCAAUGUGAAUCCGACAUCAGGGAUAACCCGCUUCCCCAGCGGCCGUUCCACCAAACUCUCACGAAUUUCGUGCAAGGUAUCGCAGCAUUGUUCAUCAUAGUCCCGCUGGUGUAUUGCGACCUCGCUGCCACCAUUAUCCGCAUCAUCAUCACGGUACGGUUAGGAUGGUCAGGCCUGACUCCACUCGGAAAAGCAGCGACCGUCGUCUUCGCCAUCGACACCAGCCGCGUGUUCUCGUUCUUGACACCACCCCCUUUGGCACAGGCGCUGUUCAUCGUCGACCGCCAGCGCACAGGAAGCACGCUUUCUGGCAUGGACAGCGCGUACAUCGUCCUGAGUCUGAUGGGCAAUGUGUGGUCGAUCGCGGUUGUGUUCAGGAUCGGCAGUGCUGUGCUGAAAUAUCUAGCCUAUCGUGUCUGGCUGGAGUCGUUUGGGCCGAAUUGGCCGGCGGACCGGGGGCGGUUGUGGAAUGUUUAUUUUUGGAUGAGAGGAUGGGUAAAACUCCCAACAAAAGGAUAGCCAUUGGUAGCGUAGAGGACGAGAAAACGGGGAUGAAUAACUGCCAGGAAAUUCCGCGCACUUGGUUGCGCUAAAGCAGGACAAGCUCGGAUUGACAGUCCAAUCACGGCUUGUGAGAGGUCUAGGGUACUUCCCUCACUUCUAUCUCCCGUCUCUCCCCGUCUUACAUGUAUAUACACACAACACACUCGAUGACAGCUGUUCUCUCACUCAUCCACUUAUGCCAAAUUACAUGGCUCAGGCCAUCCUUGUUAUUCAUUGGGACCAGGAGUCCCAACCUAGAGCUUAGCAAUCAGAGGCCCUAGCUAGCCAGUGGUGGUGUUCCUUGCC